GUAUGUUCUGUUGUGUGACACACCUCAAACCCAAACCCAACGAAAACUUCAUUCACUCCUUCUCUGCUUUCUUCUUAUUCCCUCUUUCUCCGCCGUGUGAUUUAUAUUCCAAUUCUCUCCAAAAAGCGAAUCUCUUUUCUUUUCUAUUCUCAAUGAAAAUUCCCUUUUUUGCUUUUCUUUCGUUCUUGGGAAUCCUUAUCAAGUUCACAAUGCUGUCCAAGUGAUCACAAAAAGAAAAGAGAGAAAAAAAAAAAAAAAUCUUUGGUUUCUUGGUUUUUUCACCCCCUUCUUGUUUCUCCAUUCGACACAAACCUUCACCAGAAUCACCACCCUCUUGUGUUUUCUGUUAGUGUAACCAAGGUUUUAGAAAACGGUGGAUUACCGCAGCAUAUGAUAAAUCUUGUCUGUAAUUUGCCGUAAUACAAAGGAUCGUGACAAUGAAAACCCAUGUGGGUUUUGUUCCAUGGGUUGUUGUGUUGUUGUUUUGUGUGGGGUUUGAGUGUGCAUGGUGCCAGGGUGAUGGUGAUGUUGGUGUGAUGAACACGCUGAAGAAGGCCAUCACAGCACCCAAUGAUCUUAAAUGGGAUGACGCAGAUGUGUGUAAAUGGUCUCACGUUCAGUGCAACACCAUGAAGAGGGUCACCGCAAUUCAAAUUGGGGGACAUAGUUUGAAGGGUACUCUGCCUAAGGAACUGGUGAAGCUCUCGGAGUUGACACGUUUUGAGUGCAUGAGCAAUGGCUUCACUGGGCCGUUUCCUAGCAUGCCGAAUUCCCUUGUGACUCUGCUCAUCCACAACAACAAUUUCGAAUCCAUGCCGGUGGAUUUCUUCGCCGGCAUGACCAAUUUGCAAGAAGUGAGCAUUGGCUACAACCCUUUUCCCAAUUGGGAGAUUCCUGGUGGCCUCAAGGAGUGUGUGGCUCUGAGGAGUUUCUCUGCAAUCAGUGCUGGCCUUGUGGGGAAAAUCCCAGAUUUUUUUGGGAAAGAUGGUCCCUUGCCAGGUUUGGUUACUCUUAGCUUGAGUUUUAAUUCUCUUGAGGGAGGGUUGCCUGCAACUCUCUCUGGGAGUGCUAUAGAGUACCUUUGGCUGAAUGGUCAGCAAAGUAGUGGCAAACUCAAUGGUACCCUUGAUGUUUUGAAGAACAUGACAUCUUUGAAACAAAUUUGGGUGCAUGGUAACUCAUUCACAGGUCCUAUACCGGACUUUUCUAACCAUGAUCAACUGUUUGAUGUGAGUUUGAGGGAUAACCAGCUGACUGGGGUUGUUCCACCCUCUCUCACUGCUCUUCCUGCUCUUCGAGUUGUGAAUUUGACCAAUAACAUGCUUCAAGGAUCGCCUCCUGUGUUCAAAGAUGGAGUGAGGGUUGAUAACGAUUUGAAGUCGGGGUCCAAUAGUUUCUGCACCAAGGAUGUUGGUAAGCCAUGUUCUCCCCUUGUGGAUCUUUUGUUGUCUGUUGUUGAACCUUUCGGUUAUCCUCUAAGAUUUGCUCAGAAUUGGAAGAUGAAUGACCCUUGUGGUGAUGAUGGUAAUAAUUGGAUGGGGAUUGUUUGUUCAAAUGGUAAUGUUACCACUAUUAAUUUUCAAGACAUGAAUCUCUCUGGCAACAUUUCUCCCAGUUUUGCCAAGCUUACAUCUGUGACAAAGUUGCUUCUGGCUAACAAUAACCUCACUGGUACCAUACCAAGUGAACUCACUAGUAUGCCUCUUUUGACAUUGCUUGAUGUCUCCAAUAAUCAAUUGAAUGGUAAAGUGCCAUCUUUCCGUGUAGAUGUAGUUCUUAAGACCAAUGGGAAUCCUGAUAUUGGAAAGGAUAAACCUCAUGCCCCGCCUGGCUCGGAUUCUGGGAGCAAAUCUGGAGGUGACGGUAAGAAACUUCAUACUGGAGCAAUUGUUGGCACUGUGGUGGGCGGUGUCAGUUUACUUGGUAUAGGGGCUUUGGUGUUUAUGAUUUAUGGUAGAAUACAUAAAAACGCCAGAAAACUUCAACGUCCUACAACAAUAGUGGUACAUCCUCGUCAUUCAGGAGAUGGAAAUGGUUUGAAGAUAAGUGUUUCAGGUGCAGGUUCUGGUGCUGCUGGUAGUGGAGGAACCGGUGUAUUUAGUCCAACUAGUAGUGUUCAACAUGUGGAAGCUGGUAAUAUGGUGAUUUCAAUCCAAGUCUUGAAGGAAGUAACAAACAAUUUCAGUGAAGAAAACAUAUUGGGGAGGGGUGGAUUUGGCACUGUGUACAAAGGAGAAUUGCAUGAUGGAUCAAAGAUUGCAGUGAAAAGGAUGGAAUCUGGAGUGAUGGGUGAGAAGGGACUGACUGAGUUUGAAUCUGAAAUUAAAGUACUUACUAAGGUUCGACACAGGCAUUUGGUUGCACUUGAAGGCCAUUGCUUGGAUGGAAAUGAGAGGCUUCUUGUGUAUGAAUACAUGCCUCAGGGUCCUCUCAGUAAACAUUUAUUUGAAUGGAAAGAGGAUGGGUCACAACCACUAGAUUGGAAGAGAAGGCUGUCCAUUGCAUUGGAUGUUGCUAGAGGUGUUGAAUAUCUUCAUGGUUUGGCCCAACAAAUUUUCAUCCAUAGGGAUCUAAAACCAUCAAACAUCUUGCUUGCGGAUGAUAUGCGGGCCAAAGUAUCAGACUUUGGAUUGGUUCGGCUUGCUCCAGAAGGACAGACCUCAUUCGAGACUAGGCUUGCUGGAACUUUUGGAUAUUUAGCACCGGAGUAUGCAGUCACUGGACGAGUUACAACGAAGGUCGACGUAUAUAGCUAUGGGGUGAUUCUCAUGGAGAUGAUAACAGGAAGGAGAGCAAUUGACAACAGCCAACCAGAAGAGAAUGUCCACCUUGUUACAUGGUUUAGAAGGAUGCUACUGAAUAAAGACUCAUUUGGAAAGCUGAUUGACCCCAAUAUGGCUGUUGAUGAGGAGGCCAUACCUAGUGUAAGGACUGUGGCCGAGUUGGCCGGCCACUGUUGCGGGAGGGAGCCUUACCAGCGGCCGGACAUGAGUCAUGUGGUGAAUGUCCUGGCACCUCUUGUUGAGAUUUGGAAGCCUUCAGAAGCAGAUGAUGAUGACAUUUAUGGGAUUGACUUGGAUUUGACCUUACCUCAAGCACUCAGUAAGUGGCAGGCUGUUGAAGGAAGGAGCACCUUUGAUGUAUCUUCCUCUUCAUCAAUGCUUACUAGUGGAGAUAAUACACAGUCUAGCAUACCAACUAGGCCUUCUGGAUUUGCUGAUAGCUUUACUUCCGGUGAUGGAAGAUGAAGUUUGAUAUACAUUUACAUUACCUCUUGUGCCGAUAGUUUUUACUUCCCCAAACUGUGGAGCUCUUUAUAGGCUUGUUUUAUAGUGUGUCUAGUUAAGCAUAUAUUACACCCUGCACUCCUCAAACAUCCUUCUAGUAUCAUGGUCUUCUGGUCUGUUGGUUUUUACUUUUAAAUUUAAUAGUGUCUGGGAUGCAAGACAGAGAUGUUGAACACAUAGUUGAACUUUUGUGCUUUCAUACUUUAGACUUCAUUCUGAUGAGUAUGAAAAACAGGAUUUGGUUGUUAUUAUAUGAUGUAAAUUAUAUUAAUUUUCUUCUAGUUAAAACCUUUCAAUUUUCAA